AAGCUUUCAAGCUCAGGCGUAGAGUCAAGUUAUUUGGGCAGUUGAUUAAGCAUGCCGUCCGCCAUGGCAGAAAUUUGCUCCGGCCUGCGCCGCAUCCUGCGCGCCUUCGUGCCGGUGACGAGCGUGCGAUCGCCCGCGCCCAUAGCGGCAGCUGCGACGAAGGAGGGUGAGUACUACAUGCUUUGCAUGUGUCACCUCCCAAGUCAUAAAGCGCCGCUGGCACAGGAGGUCCACGCACCAGCGGGUGUGGAGGAGGUGCUGGCCCCACCAGCCCCAGCGGCGGUGAAGGCCCCACCGGCCCCAGCGGCGGUCGAGGAGGUGCUGGCCCCACCAGCCCCAGCGGCGGUGAAGGAGGUGCUGGCCCCACCAGCCCCAGCGGCGGUGAAGGAGGUGCUGGCCCCACCGGCCCCAGCGGCGGUGGAGGAGGUGCUGGCCCCACCGGCCCCAGCACUGACCCUGCUGCAGCAGGAGUUCCUGGCGGAGGAGAAAGCCGCCAGGGAGAAGGUGCAAGAGAUGGUGAAGCGCUAUCGCGCGAUGAAUCGGGGCCCCAUGAACAAGAUGCAGCAGAUCGAGGUGGACAAUCUGUUCCGGGCACUGAUCAAGACUGCGCAGCUGAAGAAGAUGGAAGCCGAGGAGGAGGAGGCAAGGUGCAGCCAGGCUCACAACUUGGCUCCUGCAGACGAGGACAGAUCCCGAGCAGUCGUGGCUUGAGCUCCUUCCUGCGGAUCAGCGAUUCUGUGAGGUAUUGCAACAAUGUGAGGUGGCAGGAUGCCCACUGGAAGCAGGAUUCUGCGUUUUGGUGCAA